CACCCACCCACCAUCGCUACCUCGCCUACCUUCGGCCUAGGUCCUUGCGUGCUCUGUGCAACCCCAACUUAAUAAGAUCCCAUCUCUUCCACCGGACACUUGCAGCUGUCCUUUGCAAUCGCUCGCCAGUAGAUGCUUUUUUCGCACCCUCCUAUCCGCCUUUCUUGGAUCUCAGCUUUCCGAUCGGCUCGCAAGUUACCCCUUCCCCGUGCAAGGCCCUUUUCCAGCUCCACCCCGCGCUUUAUCAUCGACAUGGAGACCGUCAAUACCUCAGAGCGCCUGGCCAAGUUGAGGCAGUUGAUGCAGGAGCACAAAGUGGAUGUAUAUAUCGUUCCUUCAGAAGAUAGCCACCAGUCGGAGUAUAUUGCGCCAUGCGACGGCCGUCGAGAAUUUAUUUCAGGUUUCUCCGGUUCGGCUGGAACGGCCAUCAUUUCUUUGUCCAAGGCCGCAUUGUCUACGGAUGGCCGCUACUUCAACCAGGCUGCCAAGCAGCUUGACAACAACUGGGUUCUGCUGAAGCGGGGUGUCGAGGGUGUUCCGACAUGGCAAGAAUGGACCACGGAGCAGGCUGAGGGCGGCAAGGUGGUUGGUGUUGAUCCAGCUUUAAUCACAGCCUCGGGUGCUCGUAGCCUUUCAGAGACCUUGAAGAAGAAGGGAUCGUCCCUCGUUGGUGUCCAGAAUCUUGUCGACAUGGUCUGGAAGGAUGGCAGGCCAGCUCCUCCCAGGGAGAAAGUCACGGUCCACCCGGAGAAAUAUGCUGGCAAGAGCUUCCAGGAGAAGAUUCAAGAUCUGCGCAAGGAAUUGGAGAACAAGAAGGCUGCUGGAAUCGUUAUCUCGAUGCUGGAUGAGAUCGCUUGGCUCUUUAACCUUCGUGGCAACGAUAUUCCUUACAAUCCUGUGUUCUUCUCAUACGCCAUCGUUACCCCCACCACUGUCGACCUUUACGUCGACGAUGACAAGUUGACGCCCGAGGUGAAGGCUCACCUUGGUCAGGAUGUCGUCAUCAAGCCAUAUGACUCGAUCUUCGCGGAUGCCAAAGCACUAAGCGUGUCACUGAAGCAGCAAGCCGAGGGCGCGCCUACCAAGUUUCUUGUAUCUAACAGGGCUUCCUGGGCUCUAAGUCUUAGCCUUGGGGGUGAGGAUCAGGUCGACGAGGUCCGUAGCCCCAUUGGGGAUGCCAAGGCAGUCAAGAACGAAGUUGAACUUGCAGGCAUGAGGGCCUGCCACAUUCGUGAUGGUGCCGCCUUGUCGGAAUACCUUGCCUGGCUGGAGAACGAGUUGGUGAACAAGAAGACAACUCUGGAUGAGGUUGAUGCUGCAGAUAAGCUGGAGCAAAUCAGAUCCAAGCACGAUUUGUUUGCUGGUCUAUCUUUCGACACCAUCUCCUCGACGGGUCCAAACGGUGCCGUCAUCCACUACAAGCCCGAAAAGGGAAGCUGCUCCAUCAUCGACCCUACCGCCAUCUAUCUCUGUGAUUCUGGGGCCCAAUAUCUGGAUGGAACAACUGAUGUGACCCGCACCUUCCACUUCGGCAAACCUACCGACCUUGAGAAGAAGGCAUUCACCCUUGUGUUGAAGGGCCUCAUUUCCAUUGACACUGCUGUAUUCCCUAAGGGCACUAGUGGCUUUGCGCUUGAUGCUCUUGCGCGACAGCAUCUGUGGAAGGAGGGUCUGGAUUACCUCCACGGAACCGGGCAUGGAGUCGGCUCGUACUUGAACGUGCACGAAGGACCCAUCGGAAUCGGCACGCGCGUGCAGUACACCGAAGUCCCCAUCGCUCCUGGCAACGUCAUUUCCGAUGAACCUGGCUUCUACGAAGAUGGAAAGUUCGGAAUUCGUAUUGAAAACAUCAUCAUGGCACGCGAGGUGCAGACGGCGCACAAGUUCGGUGACAAGCCUUGGUUGGGCUUCGAGCACGUCACGAUGGCCCCGAUCGGUCAGAACUUAAUAGAGCCCUCCCUUCUCACUGACGCCGAGCUGAAAUGGGUCAAUGAUUACCAUGCUGAGGUCUGGGAAAAGACUCACAAGUUCUUCGAGAACGAUGACGGCCGAAACCCCUACGCGAACGGAUACGGAUACUCCGACACCAGCCGCUACGACCGCGGCGACGGCGGCGGCUAUGGCAGCAAUGGAAGCAACAGCUUAGGAAUGAAUGGGUACGGAGACGGAGGAGGAGGAGGUAACAACGGUGGCUCAGGGGGACACGACCUUCGUCCUGGAGGCUAUGGUGGCUUCUACGCCGAGGCGUCGCAGUCCUCUCUCUCUCCGGCUCAAUCCCCGGAGCGCCGACGAGACCGAUGGGACCGCGACCCCGAGCAUGCGUCAUCGCGAUCCAGAACACGAGAGGGGGAUGCAGAGAGGGCAACACUGGGUUCACGAGACGGUCGGGCGCGCGGAGAGACGAGUUGGCUGGGAGGAGGCAGCAGCAGCCGCGAGAGGGAACGAGAACUGAACACCGUCGCCCGCGCCGGAGGCAAGGGAGGCUCCCAGGCCAUUGAAGAUGUUUUACAGAUGGUCCAGCGCGAUUGGGCCUUCGUGGCUUCUGAGAGCUGUGUCCCGGUGCAAGUGGCUUUACAACUCAUGGACACGAGCACUUUGGGCAAGGCGGAGCGUGAACCAGAGUUCCUUGAGAUCCACGAUCAAAUACAGCGGACAUUGAAGUCAGUUGUCAAUGAACACCAUCAGGGCUUCAAUAGCUCUAUCGGUACAUACCACAAGAUCCAGACGAGCAUUCAGACUUCACAGACUCGAGUUCGCAAUCUGAAGAAUGCCCUCGAAGGAGCCAAAUCGGGCUUGCUGUCAACUAAGCCUGAACUGAAAGGGCUGGCUACUUCCUCUCAGAAAUACGACGAUAUCAUUCAGUUGUUCAGCCAGAUUCAGGAGAUACAAUCGCUUCCGGAGAAGUUGGAAUCCCGCAUCUCAGACAAGCGUUUCCUUGCUGCUGUUGAAGUGCUACAUGAUGCGCUGCGGCUUCUGCGACGCUCCGAGCUCGAGAACAUUGGUGCGUUGGCGGAUAUCCGCGCUUAUUUCGGGAGCCAAGAGGCUUCGUUGACAGAUAUCUUGAUCGAGGAAUUGCACGAUCAUCUGUAUUUGAAGUCUCCAUACUGCGCGAAUCGAUGGAAGCCCCCGACAGCUGACGGAGAGGGUAAUGGUGUCAGUUCAUCUAGCUGGUCCGGUAACAGCUCCUGGGAACGCCCUGUCUACAACUUCCUUGCCAAGCUGGAUGCCUCCAACCCAAUGGUGGAGGAUGCUUCUCGGAACCCAGAAGCCGACACGUUCUACUACAUUCAAUUACUUAUAGAAGCGCUCAACAAGAUGGGUCACCUUGACAUCGCGGUCAACUGCAUCGAGCAGAGACUCCCUGUUGAACUUUUUUCUGUUGUUGACAAGACGAAUGCUGAAAUUGAUGUGCGUUACCCGGAUCUGACGUCUACGCGUGGCUUCGCAGCCCAAGACAGCAGAAGCGGCGUGGCAACAAAGACCAUUGAGACGCGUGGUCAUGUUCUGUCUGAGUUCCUGUGGACAUUGUACGCCAAGUUUGAGUCCAUCGCUGAAGGCCACCGCGUCGUCCAUGAUGUGAUCGCCGCCAUUGUGGCCCGGGAGGGCAUCCCCAAGGGCAACACGCUUGGUGGUGGUUUCAAGGAGCUGUGGAAGCUUUAUCAGAGCGAGAUCCGCUCGCUAUUGCAUGACUAUCUGGCUACUGACGUAGAAUAUCGACCGAGAGACGAAGACGACGCUAGACGUCAGAUCUACACGGGCCAACGAGACAAGAACAAGAAAAUGUUCAAGCUAUCCGAAACGGACCAAACAACAGAGAUUCAAGCCGAGCAGUCCGAACUCGACGAGAUUCUCAGGUCAUCGGUGCCUGGCUUAGUGACCAAAUCUAACCAGAAAUUCGCAGUGACUGACUCCUCUGAUGUUCGACAAGGCAACUCAGGCACGGGCCACAAGAUACUUAUUGAACCCAGUGUUUUCAAUAUCAGUCUCCUGUUGCCUCCGUCUUUGUCGUUCAUUCAACGGCUGAAGGAGAUUGUGCCGGUGGAUUCGGAUCUUGCCAUGACCACAUUGACGUCCUUCCUCGAUGACUUCUUGGUCAACGUGUUCCUGCCUCAGCUUGAUGAUACCGUCACAGACCUUUGCACUCUUGCUAUCGUCUCGACCGAUGCAUUCACAGAAGACCCACAAUGGUCCACGGUCUCACCUCGACCCGUCUUCAAGGGCGCGGUCAAAUUCAUGUCGAUCAUCCAGGAGUUCAGCAAAAUGCUCUCAAGUAUUCCCCAAGAUCAAGCCUUCACGCAGCUUCUUCUCUCCCAGAUCGUGACUUACUACGACAAAUGCUGUGGAUGGUACAAAGCGUUGGUGACCAAGGUCUCUCCGCGAGAUAAUGGAGAGCCACGGCUCAAGGCUGCUGCCGGCUUUGCUAAAGCAGGAGAUGUUCAUGAUACUGUUGUCAGUCUCUGGAAAGAGGCGACCAACGACAAGUGGGCGCUUGUCGAUAAGGAAAUUGCGCUCCUUCUCCAGCUUACGUCUGAGGUCCCAUUGGAGCCGUACGACAUUAUAUCCGACCCCAAGACCGUGGUGGCUUUGUCACUUCUCUACAAUAGCAUGCAAUGGUUCACAAGCCAUCUUGCCCAGUUGCGUCAAAUCAUGCCGCCCUCUUCCGAAGCUCGGCGCCCCGAGACUGGGCCUCCCAACCGUCGUUGGACCUUGAUUGGGGCGAUGAAGUACAAAGUCGACGGGGUUAGCCAGCCGAUAUACCUGCCAUUGAACCCGGAAACCGCAGUUAUCUUUGACAAUACACUUGAGUCACUGCGCGAACUGGCUUACACUGCUCUGUUCGCUCUUCAUAUUGGUUGUCGGUGUGGUGUCAUUCAUAUGUUGAAGAAAACGAUGGCAGGACCAAAUCCUCGGAACCAGCGCGCUUCUGAGCCCACGACACCGGCUCCCAGCAGCACCGCCCAUUGGUGGCAUAUUCUGAUGAACCAGCCCACUGCUGCAUCGCCGACAAUUUUAGAAUUGAAUCGUGACUUGAUAAGCUUCGACAGUAACAUCUCCACCUACCUUGGACCCUCUGAACGAUGGUUCAUCACCUCAGGGCUAGCUCGCUUCAUCGAUCAGACGUUCGUGGCCAACACCCACCUGAUUGGGGCCAUGAACGAGAAUGGCGCAUUGCGCCUUCAGUUGGACGUUCUCGUUCUGCAGCAGAAUUUGAAGAAUAUCAUCAUCGAUCCCCAACAUGAUCCGGCCCACAAUGGGGACUCCAUCCCAGGCGAGGAGCACCACGAGGUGGUCGCCCUCCCGCGAAGCGCCAAGUUUCUCGACUGGUUCCUUGAGGGUGCAGAGAAAGCACUCGACUACGCGAAGGAGGAGAAGGAAUCGUUUGCUGCGCAUGGAGAGCAGGCGCUGGCCGCUGGAAACGCGGAGCCUUUUUCGUACGAAGAGCUCAAAAUACUGAUCGACCUCUGCUUCUCGGAUGCAUUGCUCGGACCCCGAGGAGCGGAAAACCGGGAGGAAUUCAUGGCGGCCAAGAAAGCCAGUGCGGAUGCUCUGCUGCGGUUGAAUGAGGUGAUGUGGGACUCGAAAUAGGAUUGCAUACGCCCACAGCGAAAAUAUGACCUCUCUUCAUAAUUCCACAUUGUAUUGUAGCUCAAGGGGGUGGGGGGUGAGUUAUGGAGCCCAGGACGGUGAUGAACCGACCCACUUGCCAGCAACGCCGAAAGUUGUCCACAUAAUUUUUAUGACUGUCCCAAGCAGUGACCAGUGGUUUGAAGAAGAACAUGUCUCUUGGGGUGGGACGUGACUUGUGAAUAUCAAUAACCGACGCAUCACACGAGAGCCCCUGAUUGAAACCCACCGAACAAAUUGUGAGACAGGUUGGCUUAGUGCGCCUAGUGCUUAGUGCUUAGUCUGAUAACGGUCUAGAGUCAAGG